AUUUAUAUCGAUCCUCCCACCCCUUAGCAACCAGUGCAGUGUACCGUCGCAACCAUGGAGGAAAAACUGUCCCUAAUGGAGACGAAAAUUCCACAGGAGCAACAAGAACUCGUCGACGCUCGUAUUCAACAACUACAAUGUUCCAUUGCAGCACUCUUGGCAGAGAAUGAGAUGUUUGAACGUUUUAUCUCCCGCCUGGACCCUCAAGGCCUGUUGUUGACCCCGCCUGAGAGUCUGGGAGACACCAGAACCACUCAGCUUGAGAGGGUGGGUCAAAGAUGGGGGCGGAGAUCUCAGUGCAACUUGCCCGAUGGCCUUUUGCAACUGACGUUGGACCAGAAACUCAGCAUAGCACAAAGGGAAGUAGCAGAGGUGAUAAAAGAAAAAGAGAAACACAAAGAUACAUUUGAGAAAAUUAAGGACAACUACAAGGCCUCCCUAAAAGAAACAGAGCAACAGCGAGCAGACAUCCGCAGUGCCAAGAAUGAACUGGAAGACAGACUAGUCAAACCAAUGGUGAAGAUGUCCAACAUGAGAGGACCAGAGAAGGUGCUCCAGUACAUCAGGAGUAAGGGCACACAGUGUGAGACUUUAAAACUGAAGAUCCAAGCCCUGAAGGUGCAGGAGAAGAGGCUCCAGCAGCAGCUGCAGGAGAAGAGAGACAUGGGAAAAGCAGGACAUGAGGACAUUUUCACGGAGUACAGUGAGCCGAUAAUGGACAUCAACCUCGGGGAGCUGCGGGUCAAACUUUUGCAAGCGCAGCGUGUCCUCAACUCUCACAAGGAGAUGCUUCAGGGUGUGACCCAGGAGUCCAUAGAGCUGAGUAGUGACAUCACCAGAAGGAAGGAGAUGCUGGAGAAAAUGGAGGAGGACAUGCUGCGUGCUGAAGAGGAGCGUUUGAAGGCUGAGGGUCUCAACAAGCAGCUGCGCCACCAGAUGUCAGAGCACCAGGCGCCUGACGUUGCCCAGUACAUGCACGUCAAGGACGAACACAAGAAGCUGCAGCAGAGCGUCCACACCUGGCAGAGGAAGGUUGGGAUUGCUGAGAUGACCUCAAAGACUAAAUCCCGGAGCAAACCCAGAGGCACUCCAGUAAACAGUGCAGAUGUUGGAACAUUGAAGCUGCCACAAAUAGCACAGGAUGGCAGAGUGUAGUGUCAGAUGAUUUUAGAAAUUAGAAAAGAACCUCUCAGGUUCAUAGCUAUUUCAUUAAAAUUCGACAACUGCUUUUUUAAAUUAUCCUGUUAAAUAUUAGUUGCUUGUUUGGGUUUCAAAUUUUCAGAAAUCUUUGAUGGAAACCUUCAAAAUUUGACAUUUUUUUAUGGCAAUGACAAUGACAAUGAUGCUAUGAGUUCAUAAACUUUACAAAUAUAAUUUGCGAUGAUGGCUGAAUAAUUUUGUGCAAGCUAAUAACAGAAAUGAAAACAAAAAUAUAACUAUAAAAGAUCAUGUUUUAUCUUGAUUUAUUUCAGAAUAUAACUUUUUUUGUGUGUUAAUUGAACAACAAAAACAAUGUUGAAUUGCAGUAUUGUAUUGCAGUAUUCCCUAUGACUCUAUUGCAUUACUCACAUUUUCUUGUGUAACGUGUAGCUAUAUUAACAUCCAGAUUGAGGGUUUGAACCACCAUUGGAACAUCUGUUUGUGUGGCUUCUUCCCACACACCUAAAACAUGCAUGUCAGGCUAAGCGCUACAUCGGGGUGUCCGACGUGCGGCUCGGGGGCCAUUUGGAGCUCACGGCACAUUCAAAAAAAUCUAAUUUAACAAGAAAACAAAAAAAAAACAAACAAGAAUACAAUCCAAAUAUUAAGAGAAAAAACUUGAAAUCUAACGCUAUGUCAUAAUUUUACAAGAACAUAAAUGCUGAAAAAAAAUGUCAUUUUAGUAGCAAAGUUGAAAUAUUAAAAAAAAUAUAUUUUACAAGAAUCAAGUAUUAAGACCAAAAAACAACAAAGACGUAUUCUAAUGGGAAAAAGCUGUAAUUUUAUGAGAAUAAACUUGUAAUAUUAUGAUGAAAAAUAAUGUUAUCUUAG